UCUUAAUCAUAAACUUAACAUAACUAAUAAUUAAGCCAUGGAUCUUAAGGGCUCUCUUGUUGAUACACACCUAAGAAUAUAUCCCACUGAAGUUUUAAUUAAGUUUUUAAAAACAAUUCAUGUAACAAAAGAUGUUCCUACAAACAUUGCUCUUAUAAUUAAAGGUGAAAAUAGAUGUACUGUUACUUCCAGUGAUAAUGUUGAUACAAAAACUGUUCAGCUUACUGACAAAGAUUAUGAAAAUUUAAAAAAAGUUAAAGAGGUCAUGAACAAAUUGAAUCCAGAUGAACAUAAUAUUGAAUCUGAAUCAAAAAAUAAGGAAAAUGAUAAUUUGGGAGAAGAAGAUUCUAAGGGGAAUACAAAAACAAAGAAUGAUAAUAAUCUUGAAGAUUCUGAAGAAACUAAUGAAAAGGAGGAGUCCCAAGUUAAGGCUGAGGAUGAGGUAUUGUCAGAUGAAAAUAAAAAAUUCCUCAUUACUUCUGAUUUAGAUUGGCUAUAUAUUUACAUUAAGAAUAAAAGGGGCAAAGGAGAAGAAAUGCCACAUUUGCAUGAACUCCUGGAAGGUGUUGAUAUUAAAAUGCCUGAUAAUAAAAUUAUAAAGAGAAAUCCUGAUCUCGAAGCAAGGUGUGUGAAAUUGAGAGCACAGCAAGAGGCCCGCGAAUAUAGAAAAAUGACUAAAGGUGUUGAUAAUGUAAGAAUAAGAUUUCCAGAGGACAGUAUUUCAUAUCAAAUGAAACAACUAAAUCGACAUCUGAUUGCUAUUGGUCAAUUUUUACUCUCAAUAUUUGCGGGAUUCCUCUUUGGCUUCCGUGGAGUCGAAUGGAUGGUUGGAAAUUUAGAUUUUGGAUUUCGAUUGUUGCUGGGUGUCAUGUGUGCACUUAUUAUAGCCCUUGCUGAAAUAUAUUUCCUAGCCAAAAAACUAAAUGAAGAAUUAUCUGUACCAGAAACUGUACAGCUUGGUGGCCCUGCUAAGUUUGCUAAUGAUGUCAAUAAUUAUAUAUCUAAUGCAAUUAAACCUAGUACUGAUAAAGAACAUAAAGAUUAAGUUUAUUCCAGAAUUAUAUAAAGUAGUUAUAAUAUGUAUGUUUAAGUGUUGCUGUGCAAAUGAUGCAACUACAAUUAUAAUCCUGUUGAUUGAUAUUUAAAAUUAAAAAAAUGUAAGCUAUA